AUCCUAAGACAUCUCAUAUUCUUCUCAACCUAAUCAAAAAUCCUAUAAAGAGUAACAAUUUGAUGCGUCUAUUAUAAUCAAAACACCAUGGAAAACCAAACCAAAGAAACUAGAAAGAGUUGUUUCAGAAAGCUUGUUAUGGGAAGAAACAAGAGUAGAAGAAUGUUGUGGUUCAAGAAAGUGAAGAAGGAGAUUUGGAGUUGGAGAUUCUCUGCGUUUAGGUGGAAACGACUGGAUAAUCUUCAAACGACAUUCAUGGAUACUGUCGUUUAUAGGAUACUCUCGGUUGCUGAGGCUGUUGUUCUUGUUUCCACUGUUUGCUUCUUCUAUCUUUGCUGUGGCUGCCAUUUCUGAUUUUCCUCGCAUUUAUUUUUUAAAUUCAUUUAUUCAUUUUUUUUUUACAAGUUUAACUUGUUUUUGUUUAUUUUGUGAAUUGAUUUUGUGGCUACAUAAAGCUUGUAAAUUUUGUAAUCAUUUUUAUUCUUACAUUAUUGAAUCAUUGGAUUUUAAUUUAAGUUGUUAAUGAGAUAAUGUUAUUGAACAA